CAGCACAAUCAUUCAUUCACCCACUCUCUCUCCUAUAUAAUCUUUCAUGCUUACACUACUUGUAAUUUCACUCUCUUCCUAAACUCAUUCUCACAGACACUCACACACACACUCUCACUCUUUCUAUAGACCGGAGUCCUCUUUGAAUCAGAGUUGCAGCAGAAGACAAAUAUCCCCUUGUAGUCAGUUACAUAACGGCUUUUUUCUCCCCAUUUUGCCCUUCUACUCCUCUUAAAUUUACCCCCAAACCAGAUCUUCACUUCACCACUCACCAUGAUCACCGGCCACGACCUUUAUGUGGUCUUGACGGCGGUAAUCCCUCUCUACGUCGCCAUGAUCUUAGCCUACGGCUCCGUCCGGUGGUGGAAAAUCUUCACCCCCGACCAGUGUUCCGGCAUCAACCGAUUCGUUGCCAUUUUCGCCGUCCCUCUCUUGUCCUUUCACUUCAUCUCCAUCAAUGACCCGUACGCCAUGAACUUUCGAUUCAUUGCCGCCGAUACGCUCCAGAAAAUCAUCAUGCUCGUCGUUCUCUUCUUCUGGACAAACUUCACCAAGAACGGAACUCUUGAUUGGAUGAUAACUAUUUUCUCUCUCUCAACACUACCCAACACUCUGGUCAUGGGUAUUCCUCUGUUGAUCGCCAUGUACGGCGACUACUCCGGCUCACUAAUGGUUCAAGUGGUGGUUUUACAGUGCAUCAUUUGGUAUACUCUCUUGCUCUUCUUGUUCGAGUACCGUGGUGCGAAGAUGCUGAUAAUGGAGCAAUUUCCAGAAACUGCGGCGUCGAUUGUGUCUUUCAAGGUUGAGUCUGAUGUUGUUUCGCUUGAUGGCCAAGAUUUUCUUGAAACGGACGCUGAGAUUGGUGAUGAUGGGAAGCUUCAUGUGACGGUGAGGAAGUCUAAUGCCUCCCGGAGGUCUCUGGGUCUGGGGCAGUGCUCUCUCUCGGCAUUGACUCCUAGGCCGUCGAACCUCACCGGUGCUGAGAUAUACAGCUUGAGCUCAUCGAGAAACCCAACACCUAGAGGGUCCAAUUUCAACCAUACAGAUUUUUACUCACUGAUGGGUUUCCCGGGAAGGCUGUCGAAUUUUGGCCCCGCCGAUAUGUACUCCGUUCAGUCAUCUAGAGGUCCGACGCCUAGGCCUUCAAAUUUUGAAGAGAAUUGCACAACCGGAGGUCCGCCAAUAGCCUCUCCGAGGUUCGGGUUCUACCCAGCAGCGCCGGUGGCAACUUCUUAUCCGGCACCGAACCCUGAAAUUGCUUCUUCUACAGUUACUAAAGGUGCAAAAACUCAACCACAAUCUCAACAUCAGCAGCCACAGAUUCAGCAACAGAUCAGUAAAGCAAACAAUGAAGGUAAGGAGCUCCACAUGUUUGUGUGGAGCUCAAGUGCAUCGCCGGUAUCGGAAGGCGGUGGUCUUCACGUGUUCGGAGGCACAGACGUCGGUGUCGGCGAACAUUCCGAUCCUGGUGCCAAGGAAAUCAGAAUGUUGAUUUCUGAUCGCCCUCAAAAUGGGGAAAACAAAGCUGUUCUGGAAACUGGGGAUUUUCGUGGUGAGAACAUCAGCUUUGGUGGUGGUGGGAAAGAUGGUGAUGAGGAGAGAGAAAAGGAGGGACCCAUUGGACUGUCUAAGCUUGGGUCCAGCUCUACUGCUGAGCUACACCCAAAAGUCGCCGGAGUUCAGGAUACCGGUAUCGGAAAACAGAUGCCUCCGGCGAGCGUUAUGACCCGUUUGAUCUUGAUCAUGGUUUGGCGUAAACUAAUCCGAAACCCCAACACGUAUUCAAGCCUCAUUGGCCUCAUUUGGGCUUUAAUCUCAUAUCGGUGGCAUGUGGUUAUGCCCAAAAUAAUACAGAAAUCAAUCUCUAUACUAUCUGAUGCUGGUCUUGGAAUGGCUAUGUUUAGCUUAGGUCUGUUCAUGGCGCUUCAACCGAAGAUAAUCGCAUGUGGAAAUGCGGUGGCUGCAUUCGCCAUGGCCGUCAGGUUCCUCACCGGCCCGGCGGUGAUGGCCGCAGCUUCUAUCGCCGUCGGCCUCCGCGGUACCCUCCUCCAUGUCGCAAUUGUGCAGGCAGCACUACCACAAGGGAUUGUUCCAUUUGUGUUUGCCAAAGAGUACAAUGUUCAUCCAGCCAUUCUCAGCACUGCGGUCAUUUUUGGGAUGCUGAUAGCCUUACCAAUCACUCUAGUCUACUAUAUCAUUCUCGGAUUAUGAGAUUUCCAGAGCAAAAUGUAGAAAUUUUUCCUUGAUUAAUGCUGUGUGGAGCUUGGGGUCAUCAAUGGCUGCACUGAGACAACUAGUACAAACUGUGGUGUUAUAGACAGAGGAGGUCAUUGCAUGAAGAAGAAUUAUGAAUCCCCAGUAGCAUUUGGAGCCCAGAAAUUUGACUUAGUAGAAGCCCCAAAAUAUGGGUCAUGUCCCACUUGAAGAAAACAUUUUAUCUAAGUUUUCAAACUAUGAGGAAAGCAGAGAUGGCUAGUCUGGUAUAAGGCAGACAGAGGAUAGGAAAUCAAGGAAGAAAAGGUGGUGAUUCAUUCUAUUGUGCUUCAAAAAUCUUUACUGGUGUAAAGCUUCAUUUCAAGUUCAUCUCCAGAGCUACAUAGAAAAUGAAGUAAAGUUGAGGGAUAAAGAACAAACUUUUCUCUAUUUUUGACUUCUUUUUAGUUGAUGUCCUUUAGUUUUUUGGUGAUUGUAUUCUGUUUGUCGUUUUCUCUUCCCAUGUAAUUAACUACUUUAGGAUUUUAAUGAGAUAAAAGGUAUCAUAUCCACCUUCUUUGUUUUUACCAAAUAAUGUCUUUUUCUUUCAUAGUAAUUGAAACCUG